AUGAGUGAGGAGCGUGUGCAUCAAAGCUCACCGCCUGCCUGCUUUAGAGGACCAGAAUCAACGCCGUCUGUUUCGUCCACCGACGAACUCGCUGGUACGAAGCGUGAGCACCUUGUAGACUCGGAAAGGAGUUACCUGCAGCUGCCGGCGCUGACGGAUCACUCCGAUCUUUCGCUUGCCAGUUUACCCCUAUUAGUGCAAGUCUCGGACACCCAGUCAGGGGAUAGCGCGAAAUCUGACUCGGAGCGAGCUUAUGCACUAGUGCACGUGUCACCUAUUGCGACGGUUCGGGAGGUAAAGCAAGAGCUCGUGAAACAGGGUAUAAUCCCUGUCGAAGAUCUACCUUCGGUGCAGCUGAUAUUUGGAGAAGAGACGUUAUCGGAAAACUCCCCUUUAACAGAGUACUUCCUUCCGGAACUCUACGACUAUUCGGAGGCAUUGCUGCGAAUGAUUGAUCAAGGAGGACUCGACGUGGAGCAGAAACAUGAAGCCAUGGAGCGCGCGCUCCAAGUGAUAGGGAGUAUGCGCGAUGGAAUCUCCUCGGGCCGCGAGUCCAGCAGCACGAAGCCAUCUGUGGCAAGUGCGGUUCAGCGCGCGGCAGCGCCUGGUAGCGAGCGACUUCAGCUGCCCGGAAUCGACAUGCUACCGCGGCCGUUAGGAACGAGCGCCGUCCAUCUCGAGAACGAGGGCGCUACCGACGUUGUGGCAACUAGAAACGUUUCACCCGGGAAGGGCGUGACAGCAGCGCCUCUAUGGUCGCCUAUGCUGCCGUCUUUGUCGCCCACAGGAGCCAGCGUCAUCGCAACCGAACCGUAUGCGCUCUGGACGCCAAUGCAGCUGAGCACGCCGAUGGAUAUGGCCGAAAGGUUACACAUGCUGGAGCCGAGACUUUUCACACCUGAGGGUGUUUCUGCUGUGGGGGCGUUCGUGCCGCUUUCAGCACGUCUGCGGCAGCAGAACGGGGGCCAUUCCGCCCGUCUUAUCGCGCAAGAGCCGGCUCUUCAACCAGGCGGUGGAGCGAUAAGUGGCACCUCCUCCUUCGUCGACGCUAGAACACGCUCGCUGGCAGAAGCAGGACCGCUCGAAUCCUCAGUAAUACGGGGAUCAGAAGCUCCUUGUGACAUACCCAAGAAACGUGCAAAAUACGCGAGGGCCGCGUCCGGAGCGCGAACCAGCACAGCGGGUAGCUCGUACUCGAGCGAUAUGACUGGACAAUCACGCUGCGAUCAGGACUGCGAAUCUCCGCAACCUGGCGACGCAAGCUCCCUAGCGAGGAGCGGACCCCAUGAACACACGGCGUCCGUUCAGAGCGCCGCGAACCAGCGUCUUGUUUCGAAUUUGAAAAAUUUACCGGAUCGAUGGGUCAUGGAAGGCGCCCACGAGGGCCAGGUCCCUGUUCGCGGUCGUAGCCAGGCGAGUCAGGGAACAGAGGCGUCUUCGAGCGACAGCCGCCCAGUACGGCUUGCGAGCCUGUCGCCCGAAGAGCGCCGCCGGCGCCGCAUGGAGCAGAACCGCAAAAGCGCGGAACGCUCGCGCUUGCGCAAAAAGGAACUCGAACAGCGAUAUCGUGCGGCGGUCCGUCAGCUUAGUGAAGAGAAUGCUGAGCUGCGUCGACAGCUCGACUCGUUUCGCGAACAAAUUCAACGAAUGCAGCAGCUACUCGCGGUGCAGAUGCGAGCGACAUCCGCACCGCUGGACACACCGUCGCAACAGUAA